CGCUCAAUAAACGGCGCUAGUGUCUGUCAAGUGUCACAGCCGUUCCCGUCGGCCGACAGUGUUGCGAGACUCGAAUCGGUGAUUUAAUUAGGAAUAACGUACCUCUUUUUUUUUUAGUAAAAAUUGUGAAACUUUAAGCAAUAAUGACCGACAAGAAAGCAUAUCCGGUGGCACCGCAUCCACCGACCGGCUUUGUCCCCGCGCCAACGCAACCCCCGACUUACGGUGUUACAGGCGCCUCACCCUAUGGAGUGUUUCCCAAUCAACCUCAAUUAUACGCGGCGCAAGGUCCACCACCACCGACAUACGAUCAGACCCUUACACAUCCUAUGAUGUAUCAACCAACAAUGUAUGGACAAGGAUAUCCUUUGCAAUACUAUCCACCGGGAUAUCCAUUGCAAUACUAUCCGCCGUUGGCUGCAGCAGCGGCGUAUUAUCCUGCCGCUAUGCAGCCCGCUCCUGUAAGGCCCACUAUUAUGGUACCUAAUGGCUUUGAUGGUACUCGGUUCGAUGGCAUCUCGCAGCCCGUACUGCCACCACCGCCACCCGGAGUGGCCGCGAACGCCGCGCAGUUGGCCGCGAUGGCCGGACACAGCGUGGCCCUGUCGCAAAAGAAGGGCUCGUUCCUGGGAGGAGGAACGGAGGGCGGUUAUACCUUUUGGUAAACCACCUAAACACCUUUCGUAACACGCAUACGCGCGUGCGCUCGCGCGCACGUACACACGUACACUCACAUACACACAAGAGAAACACUCACAUUAAGUCUGUCGGAGGCGCCGUGUUGUCAAGACGACGAAAUCAUGUAGGCAAAUUUCCAUUAGUGCUCUGCAUUUCUCACCGCUGCUGGGGGCCAGUUUCGUCGAUUUUUAAUUCAGUAUAGCGUGUGCGCGGACCGAUCACAUAUUACACACGUACACAUCACACACACGGACACACACGCAUAUAUUACAUCUACACGUGAUACUAAGGCAGCAACCGUGAGAGUUCCCACGCGAUUCACAUACGGCGAUAUUUGCGCUCGAUAGAAGCGAUCCAAUGAUCUCAAGGACACCGCCGCCGUCUUGGUGAUCGAUCUGCGCAUCUCACGUACUGUUGAACUGCAAAGAAUCGACCCGGUCGAGCAAGACUCGGACACGACGACGCUCGUCGAACGCCCUCAAAAGCUAAUUCCUUGAAAGCUCAUCGUCCCGUGGGGAGGUCGGGACAGUGAGAGCGCUGCGCGAGAGUUUCGAAGGAUCCGCUUAGAUCCGAAAACUCCCGGGAGCCCCCGGGUUCCGAGAUACCGAAGAUUCACGUUUAUCGAAGGCGAGUAAAAUGCUCAUUACAGGACCAGGAAUCCAAAGUAUUCGUAGUCGAGUUUCAGAGAUUCAAAAUUUCUCACAACCGAGUUUUGCAGAAUUUGAGAAGACUCAAAACCGAAAAUAUAAUUAUUUUACGAUCCGAUCUGAGACACUGAAGAACUGUCUUGAGAAUUCGAGAUUUCAAAGCUAGACAAAUUUCAAAAUUCAAAGAAAUUUUACUUUCAGGAAUUUUUACGUUUCGGAGAACUUUAAAAUUUCAAGAGUAAGAAAUAAAAAAGUUCAAUAAAUUUGGAGUAUUUUGAAAUUUUCAUAAAUUACAGUUUUUUCUUAUAGCAAUCUCUAAGCAACUUCUGAUUAAAAAGUGCAAGUUUUAUUUAAAUUAUUUAAAAGCAAUAAUGACUAAUCUAAUUUUUAUUUUCUCAAGAUCCAAGAUGUACUUCAGUGGCCUCUAUUACUUAAAGGGAGAAUAGAGUUUUAAUUUUGUACGAAAUAAAUUUCACGAAAUUUAAUUAUCUAUAAUUGAAGAUGGAAUACUGAAGAUUCGUGGUCACACAAGUUUUGUCGGGUUUGUGUUUCUACCAAUCCGCAAAGCCAAGAAUUCGCGGUAUCGGAAAAUACGAAGGCUCGAAAGCCAAUGUGCGUCCCCCCACGGAGGACAGUUAUCGCGAAUAUUUUGCGAAGAGUUAACUAGUUAGACCAACAAAAAAGGCGGACUGAUGCCACUGACGAGGAACGACACUGUCGUUGCGUUCAUCGAAGUAAGAAAAUACGAAAGAUCAAGGAUAAAGAGAGAAUAGGAACCUAAUAUCGACGAUUGUAGGAACUCAUGGGACAUAUUGCGUUGAUAUUUAUAUUUAAGUUAUUGUUAUUUAAACAAUUUAUUUUGCAGACCCUCCUUAGAGACAAAAUCAUCAGUGUGACGAUUAAUUUUGUAUCUGGAGAGAAUGAGAACAAUAAAUGAGCGAGUGAGUGAUGAAUAAAUAAAUGUAUGUGAGUGAAUGAGAGAAAAAGGACAGACAGACAGAGAGAGGGAGAGAGAAAAGGUAGAAUGGCUUUUAUCACGAGGAAAACUGUGCAAUAAGCGUAUAUCUACUGUAACAUGAAGAAGAAAAACGAUAUUAAUUGCAAUUGUGACCUUGUUAUUUCUUUGAGUGAAUGCAUGAGUGACGAAGGAAGAGUAAAAGAGAAUGCACGUUGAAUGGAAGAGAGUGAAAGAGAGAGAGAGAAAGAGAGAACACAACAAUUGAAUUGAAACGAAAAUAUACUAUUGCAAUGAUCAAGUGUACCAGUUAAUAAAUACUACGAUCAUGCAAUUCGUUAAUCGAAAUUUGUUCUCUUUUGGAGCAGAGAUAAAAAUAUAUAUAAAAAAAAACAAA